AUGGGGAGGAGGAUAUUGAACGAUGCGUUGAGGGCAAUAGUGAAUGCAGAGAGGAGAAACAAAUCUACUGUAGAGUUACGGCCCAUUUCUACUGUCAUGUCUUCUUUCCUUAAGAUUAUGAAAGAGCGAGGAUAUAUAAAAAAUUUUCAUGUUUAUGAUCCACAUAGAGUGGGAAGGAUAACUGUUGAAUUACAAGGCAGGGUUAAUGAUUGUCGAGCUCUCACUUACAGGCAAGACAUUAAGGCAAAGGAUAUAGAAGCUUACACAUUGCGAACCCUUCCUACACGCCAGUGGGGUUAUGUUGUGAUCACAACUCCAGAUGGUAUAUUGGAUCAUGAAGAGGCUAUCGGCCGAAAUGUGGGAGGUCAGGUUCUUGGUUAUUUUCAUUAG